AUACCUUCAAUCGGUGCUGCCUGCUACACGAUCGAUCGGUGCUGCCUGCUACACGAUCGAUCGAUGCUGCUCUCCCCUGCUUCAAUCGGUGCUGCCUGCUACACGAUCGAUCGGUGCUGCCUGCUACACGAUCGAUCGGUGCUGCUCUCCCCUGCUUCAAUCGGUGUUGUCUGCUACACGAUCGAUCGGUGCUGCUCUCCCCUGCUUCAAUCGCUGCUGCUUCGAUCAGUGCUGCUCUCCACUGCUACACGAUCGAUCGGUGCUCCUCUCCACUGCUACACGACGGAUUUGGUGCUGCUCUCCACUGCUGCUCUCCACUGCUACACGAUCGGUACUGUUCUCCAGUGCUACACUCCAAGGCUUCGAGUUUUCGCUACUUGUACACCAUUGUUGUUGCUGGACUGA